CAGCUAACAGGAAUUCACCCUGGAGAAACACGGAUGCUUUAAAUGAGGCCAGUUCCUCGCACAAGACACAGAGCAUUUUUUUUAAAGUGAUAUCCCCAGAGACGGCACAGAAAGACCUAAACCAAAGCGAAGGACUUGGAUCCUCCGUCUGGUGACGGCAGGCCUGUUAUCCCGGCGCCUGGGAGGCCGGUUUGGACGACAAGGUCAGACCCUGUCUGGGAUUAGACCCAGAACCAUUCUCAAGCCUCCUCAGGACGCAUGCCCACAGUUAGGCAGGAAGACUGGUCACAGCUCUCGCGGCUGACUGAAGCCAAGGGACUUCUGAAACCUUCGCCUGAAGCAGCCACGCGGCUACCGUAGCCGGAUAUCGAUACCACAGAGCGGAAACAGGGACUCCGAGUCCCAUAACCCUUGUCGCCGCCGCCGCCGCCGCCGCCGCCAUUAGCGCUGUCGACGCCAUCGGCGACGCCCGCUGUCGCUGUCACUGCUGUCGCCGCUGUCACCUUCCUGCCGUCGCUGUCGUCGUCGCCGCCAUCGGCAGGCCGUCGCCCUCGCCGCAGCCGUCGCCCUCGCCGCAGCCGCUGCCGCAGCCGAGGCCUUUGCCGCCAUCGACGCCGCCUUUGCCGCCAUCACCUCACCGCCGUCGCCGCUGACCAGGGAUCGUCCGGAGCAGCGUCAGGCCACGGUACUGGUGUUACUUGGACCUUAUUAACUUGUUGAAAUGGCUCAGUCAAAAGGCCUGGCCUUGUCUUUAGACGAGUGCCAUUGUCUCAUUUGUAUGGAAUUCCUCAUCGAGCCCGUAACUCUGCCUUGCAACCACACGAUGUGCAAGUUGUGCUUUCAGGUACUUCUGCAAAACGAAAAUUUGUCCUGCCCUUUCUGCCGCUGCUGGAUCUCUUCUUGGACUCCAUAUGACAUCUGUGUGGACAGUUUUAUCAAUGAGGAACUGUGGGAGAGGAUUCAAGCUCAGUAUCCACAGGAAUGCAGAGGCAGGGCAUCACUGGUCUUCAAAGAUGAUUCACCUGUUCGAAAACUAAGCAACCCUGGGGAACUGAGGAAAGAAUAUGAAGAGGAGAUGAUGAGGAUGGAGGCCGAGCGCCAGGCCACUGAGGAAAGACUGAACAGAGCUAGCGAGGAGUACAUAAGAGAGUUAUUGGCCAUGGACAUGGAGGAAGAAAGAAAAAAGGCAGAAAAGCUGAGACUGGAGAAACAACGGCAAAUGGAGGAGGAAGAGGCUAAACAGCUCAGCCUAAGAGAAUCGGGCACAUCCCCAAGAAAAAGAAAGUGCAAACGGAAACAUUGUGACAACGUUCCAAAGUCUUCUCUUCAGUCUCAGCCUGUGUCAGCAUCGAAGCACAGAGCUGUGCAAGAUGGCCAGAAAACAUCUGCGCAAACCGACGGUGACGGGAAGAGCCCUACGGGACAAGAAAUUAAAACUGAAGAAGAUACUCCAGCAGCUACUCUCUCAUCAAGUCUGGUGAGUCCAAAACAAGGCACAUCGAAUCCUUUCAGCCGUGAUGGGAACGUGGGCAGUUCAGAAGACAAGGCGCCCAAACCUAGCUGUUCUAACUACAGCAUGUAUACCCGGUGUAAGAACACUGAACCGGAAGCUGCCGCUGCUCACUCCUCUGACCAAACAGAGAGUGGGAACAGUGGGUCAGGCGUGAAAGAGGAACCUGAAGACCACGCAGCUGAGGCAAAAGAUGAAGUAUCUCACACUUCGAGCAGAAAGCAUACUUCUAAGAGGAAGCAUCAGGAACCUGAGGCAGCCAGUAAGCCGGGCAUUUCUUAUGAAACGCGCCCUGAGGAUUCCUCAGAUGAGGAACCACAAGACUUCAUGACCAAAAGGCUGAUUGAUUUGGAGAAUCUGUAUUUUGAGAAGCAUCAACAAGAAGAACAAGACAGACUAUUCGCAUUGGAGCUUCAAAGAAAAUGGGAUGAAGACCUACAAAGGGAAACGCGGAGGAAAGUGUACCCAAGGAAAUAUCCACCGCAGUACGAGGCCUUCCAUCUAGACACCUCAGCAAAAGACAAUUCCAAAGAUAAGAACAUCUGAAAGGGACGCCUGAGAGCCUCCUGCUAGUCUUCUGAGCACGGUAUUUACAAGUGUGCAUCACUACAGCAAGCUGCAUUCAUCUUUAAUGGACUUUAUGAUUACAGAGAAUAUAAAUGUGGUUCUGUAAAACUUAAAGUGAUAAGCAAGGGUGCCUAGCCUCCAUGCUAUUAAUAGUUGUGCUAUUGUUAGCAGGGGUGUUAGGUUUGAUAGUUCUUUUUUAAUUUUUUCCUAUUUAUUUAUUUUUAUUUAUUACAACUUAUACAUAUUGUAUCCCUAGUCCCCUACCAAUCCCAUCCUCUCUCAAUCUUCCCCCAUACCCCUACCUCAGUCCACUGAUAGGGGAGGUCUUCCUCUCCUUCCAUCUGACCCUAGCCUAUCAGGUCUCAUCAGGACUCGCUGCAUUGUCUUCCUAUGUGGCCUGGUAAGGCUGCUCCCCACUCAGGGGGAGGUGAUCAAAGAGCCAGAUACCGAGUUCAUGCCAAAGACAGUCCCUGUUAGCCUAAGGGACUAAGGAGACUAAGCUGCCAUGGGCUACAUCUGUGCAGGUGUUCUAGGUUAUCUCCAUACACGGUCCUUGGUUGGAGUAUCAGUCUCAGAAAAGACACCUGUGCCCAGAAUUUUUGGUUCUGUUGCUCUCCUUGUGGAACUCCUGCCCCCUCCAGGUCUUUCAUCUCCCCUUUCUUUCAAGUUUGAUAGUUCUUAUAGAUAUAAAAUGCCUUGGGAUUGCUAGACCUUUUGAGGCUUUGUAUCCCCAACCCACGGAUCGCUUGCAAGUUAAACAAGCUUUUUGGAAGGUUUUUUGUUUGUUGGGUUGAUUGGUUGUUUUGUGUGGAAUAAAGAGGCAGGGAGAUAACUGUUAAGUUUGAGGCCAGCCUCAUUUACAUAGUAGGUUUCAGAGGGCUAUAGGAGAGCCCAUCUCAGACAAAAUAGACCAAAUAAAAGAACAAACUUAAUAUGGAAUGAAAGG